AUGCCGCCGCCGCCGGCCAGACCUGGACGUCCCGCUGGAUCGUCGCUGGCUGGACGUGAUAAUUACGACGCAUUACCGACACGGACGGUCGGGAACAUUGGCCGACAAUCUGGCCGGUGGCUGCUGCUGGUGCUGCUGCUGAUCGACUGCUCGAUCAGGUGUUGCUGCGAGGCGGCGGCCACCCCGGUCAAGAACCCACCGGCCGGGUAUGGCCGCGGGCCGCCUAUGUUCAAGCGGAUGAGUGGGCUCGCCACGGACUCGGGCAGGAUCUCGAACCUGACGCGUCUGCAUCGUGGUGAUCUGUUCUACACAUUUGAAUCGGAAAAAUGUGACACAGAUACCUGCGUGGGGCUGUCGAGCGGCACGGCGGAACUAUCGAUCGGUGGCGAUCGGUCCGGGGUUGAUGGGACCGGUGGUAGUGGGCCCGGACCCCACCGCAUCCCCGGAAGUACGGACCACAUCAAAGCGAUCGACAUGUCGUCGGAUGCCGGCAUCGAGUGCAAGUGCCAGUGCCUGCCACACCUGAGCACUUACCGGGAAGAUUUGGGCAUCUGUGUGGACGAUAUUAGAGAAUGCACUCUAGCACCGUUCAUCAGUGGAUCGAGCUCGGAAAAGAUACCGUUCGUCUUCCUGCCCCACCGUGGCCAAAUCGUGCAUCCGAGCCGCGAGAUUGGAUUUCCCGGCGUCAAGAUGCCGAUGUGUGCCGUCUCAGCCGCCCAGUACCUCACCAUCAACGGUUGGGCCGAGCUGCGCAACCCAAUCGACACGGACGUCCCGUUCCGGUUGUUCCGCGACGAGGGCCGCAUCUAUCUGCAGUGGUUGGGUGAACCGGAGCUACGCCAGCGCAUGCAGGGCCGCCUCGUACUGGUGCAUCUGAUGUGCCGCGACAUGACACCGCGUCUGCUUCUCGACGAUGGCCGUGCCGCCCUUCAACACGAUGACAUGCAGAUGCCGAACCAAAACAUCUUCACUCCGUGCAUCGCCUUCCGCGUCGUUGGGACACCCAUAAAAUACGUCACCAAUGUAACCGAGGUGACGUUUUCCUCCGAGACGCACGUCGAGCAGCAGUCUGGUCUGUCGACGAAGGAAUACAUCGUGAUCGCCGUCUGCAGCUUGUGUCUCGGGCUCAUCUACAUCGCAUCGGUUUUUCUCUACAUCCACAUGAAGAAACGCAAGAGUAGAUCGGGUUCGAACGACGAUGGAAGUGGCCUAAAGAACGACUACUCGACGUACCAGCAAAACGAUCAGGUCACAUUCGGAGUCGGUAUGGGGGCAGCUGUCAGCCCAUUUGGAGGACAAGCGAGAGCAAGUUUCAUCGGACGGAAUGCUCUGGGUGGUAGCCAGAGACAGGGUGGAGGUCCUGCUGUGGGUCCCCACAGGGGUCUCGUGGGUGGAGUGGGCCUACACGCGGAGGAGAUGGGCAUCGUGAAGAGCAACCCGCUGCUGAAGCACUUCCCGAACCUGAGCGACAACUCGGGCUUCAUCAGUGACAAUUCCAAUUCGGUGUCGGAGUUUGAGGACGACAUUACGACCGACGUUGAGAAGCAGAUGCAAACCGGCAAACAUCAGCCAAAAAACUUCUCAGGGCGUACCGAACUGGAUGGCGAACUUCGCCUUCAGCAGCAGCAGCAGCAACACCAGCAGUCGGCUCUGCUGCUUCACCAUCACCAUCAGUUGCAGAAGCAGCAGCAGCAGCAGCAGCAUGGUCACCAUCACCACCCGCAGGAUCCGCUGAAUUCCGGUGGCCAGGAUACGGAGUGCCUGCCCGAGGAAAAUGUAUCCAUUGUCGAAGAACUGAACAACGAAGAAAAGCUCGAAAGCAUGAAGUCCAUCGUGAACGGUACGAUGCGUCGGAAGCUGUACUUCAAUCCGGCCUACUUCGAACCGCAUCUUCUAGUUUCACCUCCACCGGCAGCUAUCGAAUUUCUUAAUAAAAUCCGCGAGGUGAUCACGAUCGCAAAGUACAAGAUGUCCGCGAAACGGUUCCAGCCCUCGCUGAAUAUCAUUCCGGAGGAGUUGCAGCAGACAAGUGCUGGUUCGGAGACGUACGGAGCUGUCCAAACGGCUCCAGCCAGUCGCCGGAGCAGCCUCAUUAGUUCGCGCAAGGACAGCUCGCGGAAAAGCGCCUGUUCGGGGUGUCCAGGAUGCGAGAAGAAGCAUGGACAGGCCGACUCAGUCCUUGUGCCGUCCAGCAACUGCCGCAACUGUGGUGAUAAGCAGAACAGCAUCCGCAAGUGGCUCGAGGAUGUCUCGUCGACGCACGGGGAUGGGAUCGCCGAAGCUGAUCUGUACGACAGCAAGUCGAACUUGCUCGCCGGAGAAGAACGUCCCAGUGAGACGGAUGGGCCAGCCUGCAAGGACACUCAAGGUGGCAUCGUGAACGUUGCUUUCGCCGCGGGUGAUGCUCAGCAGGAGUCACUGAAGUCAUCGCAAGAAGAUGCUCGGAUUCGACCCGACAUCAAGAAACAACCGAAAGGAAAUCGCCCGGGUAAGGCCGGAAGCCCAAACAGCGAUAGUUCGUCCACUUCGGAUAACGAAACGAUCGUGGCCAACAGUGUGAAGGAACGAGCGGCCGUAGUGCGCAUCCCAUCCGCUAGUAAGUCUGUCCGUUCGGACACCAGCUCAGCUCCGAAGAUCGUGUCGCACAGUCUCAAGUCGGACGUGGUGAGUAAGGCUACCAAGUAUGGGCUGCAAGAUGGAGCCGGCGCGUUGAUGAAAAACAGCAGCUUCAUCUACGAGGAGAGUCGCCACAAUCAGGAUUUGUACGUGCGCAACACCAACAACUCGGUGGCGAACCUCGACACGAACAAGGUGUACGACAAACGCGAUCUAUACAGCAUCACUGGCAGCGAGAUCUACAACAACCCGCAGUUUGAGGCUUCACCAGUGUUGCCUCACAAACACCUGCCAGCCAGCACUCAUGGAAGCCACCAUCAUCACCAUGCGCACGGUAAGAAACCACCCGUGAAUGGAGGAAACAGGACUCACGUCAAUCCGACUGCAGGAGCCUCGACAGCGGGAAAGCGCCACCCAGAGGUGCAUGAUCAGUAUGCGAACGUGAAACCGAUGAAGAUGCGCAACAUUAGCCAAAUGCCGGACAUGGUGUUCGAGGCGCUUGCGAUGGAUCAACGCAAGAUACGAUCAUGGUCGGAGCGGCACGCCGAUCGUCUGCUGCCAAUGGAACCGGCCGAGUACAACAUCGAUUCCUCGGAUAGCCGGUUCAGCAGUAUCGACCGACACGAGCGCUACCGGAACGAGAAGUUCUUUCACGACUUUCUGAACUCGGACCAAGAAUGCAACACGCUAGGGAAUCGAUCUGGAAAGCACGCAAACCGGUACCAGCCAGACUCACCGAUCUAUUCGCGCAAGUCUCCGCACUACCUGAUCGUGGACUACGAAACAGACAGCCUUGAGCGGGCCACCUCAAAGACUCCGAUGAGCUUCCGCACGUCAACGACGAACAGCAGCGAUCCUGGUUCGCAACCAUCGCCUUCGCUCAGCACGGCUUUGCCGCUCGAGGAGGAGGUCGAAAUCCGAAACGCCAUAUACGAUCGGGUGGAGGGUUUUAGAAAGGAUACUGACACGAUCAAGACGGAACGCGCAGCUGUCAGUAUCCGGUCCAAUGAGUACGAAGACGUUCCGCAGCCGGUGGGUGCCGGGAAGAGAAAGAAGAAGGUGCCGAAGAUCAAGUGUGAUACGCCCUUUCAGGGGAGCAUCACGAUCGAGGUGGAACACAGUCCGGAUGACUGCGAGCUAUCGGCGACGGACAGCGAUCAGUUCGAGCCGGACACGCUCGACCGGAAACCGAAGAAGGCGAAUGGCCAAUCGAACGCUGUAAGCCGCCAUCGGAGUAAUGUGUGGGAUGGAGACGCCCGGGGAAGCCGUGGGCUGUGCAGUACGGCCGAGUCGAGUCUCACGUCACUACCGGCCGACUUGAACAGCCAUUUUGUGUUAAAGUCCACGGGGUCCUUCAAACAUGAGACGAGCUUCGGAAGUCUGCGAGAGAUCUAUGAAUCGAAAAACCCGAAGACGACUGGAAUCGGCAACGGCAAUACGGCCGUACGCAGUUCCUUGGGGAAUCUCUCGGAGUUGGACGUGAAAUCGGGCAAGCUGUUGUCGUUGGAGACUCGCCAUUCACGUCGCCAGCGCACAAACGUCGGAGAUGCGAUCCUACCAGUACCGAAGCUGGUUCCUCCGGACUUGAUACCGCCGGAGAAUGCGCGAUCUGGUACGCUGUAUGAUCACCCGCGGUUGGGCCAAAAGAAGACAUCAGACGAGUAUGGUGGUGUGCCGACGAAAAACCUGGCCUGUUGGAGCAAUAGCGAGAAGCUGUCAAACCCUCCAACAGGUCCUGCACCGAAGCCAAACUUCUGUACAAGUAGUGAGAACUACGAGUCGAUCAACAGUCUGACGGCGGAUAGCGACUCGACGCAGUUCACGGGCGUGUCAGAUAACGAUCGGGCAGGAUCGGGUGGUAGCAACAGUACCAGCAAAAGUCGACCUACGGUGGGCAAACCGGCCAACUACAGCCAUGUCCAGAAGGUGCCGACAGAACAGCCGGUGUACCUUGGCGAGAAGUUGGGCGAAUACGCACGGAUCGAGGAUCGUCAGGAACCGGGUGGGAUUCUCGAGAGCUACAUGACGUUGGGUGAGCUGAACAGCAGGAACCUCUUGCAGCAGGUGGACAGCAAGAUCUACGAUUUGCGCCAGCGCCACGCACAACCGCCGGUGAUUAGCAAGGCGAAAUUCAUCGAGGACAUCGACAAGAUCGAGGUGCUGUCAACGAAAACGCUGUCGAAUUACAGCUACCCGAUCAACAGGAAUGGGCCGUCGAUCAAUCCGAAGGAUGUCGGAGAGGACGAGAAACCGUCCAUCUACGACAUCAGCGCACCGAUGCCGAUGACGACUGCCGGAGGAUCACCACCAACCACCACGAAGGUGUUCCGAGUGGAACUGAACCAGUCCUCGAACGGGAUGCAGAUCGCGAUGGGUUUGCGCGAUCGCGUGAAGAAAUCAAAGGACCUGAAGAACGCUUGGAAGAAGUUCAUUGGCAUCGCAACGUCCAAGUUCAACGGAAAGACUGGUGAUCCUGAGCUCGAGAAGACGUCCGACUCGUCAGACAUCCUCGAGAAGGACGAAGGCAUAUCGUCGUUGAUCGACGACUCGUCAGGCAGUGGGGCGUACGGCUCGCACUACCAACCAAGGCAUCACCACCAUCAUCAUCGCAAGCGACCUUCACCACCGUCAGUUGAGGAUGGCGAAAAACCGUCGACUUCGCGCAAUAUCACGAUUGUGAGGAGUAACUCGCGAUCGAGCACCAAGGAACAGGAUAGUGGGUACAUGAGCGCCGAUUCGAGCGAGUCGAAGCUGAACGGCAAGAAGCUGUACGAACGCUUCAACUUCAGCUCGCAUUCCCCCGAGGGUGGUCCGGAUGGCACGAUCAUGGAAGAGAACAAGUACGAGAUCUGCGCCAUCCAGGAGUCGCCGUCCGGUACUUCCGGUGGGAACAUUCACGAGCCUCCAGGAACACCAGACGCAACCGGAACGACCCGAAGCGGUUCAUCGACGGGUGGAUCUUCAUCCGGAGCUGGAUCACGAUCGGAAAAGUCGAUCACACGUCCUCGAUCACCACCGCCUCCUUUGCCACCUCCAAAUCCUCCGCCACCUCCACCACCGACGGCCACAAUUCCAACGAAAAAGCGACCCACGAACCCGGGCGGACCCGUGAAGGUCCUCGAGAAACCGCACACCAAGCCACCACCACCACCGGCACCUUGCUCGAGUUCUUCUCCACCCACGUCCCUGACGACGAUCGCUCAAACAGCGCAAAUGAGUUCUGCAGGUUGUUCCUCGCAAGCCCGAUCGGCUCGAACCCCUACAAAUGGGGUCUUCUUCAACACGUCCGAUGCCAUCAGCGUGCGGGUGUACUCCUCCGAUGACGAGAAGUUUAACGGCAGCGACGACGCGAUGUCCUGCAUCUCGGAUGAGGACGAUCUUGAGUCGCACAUGGACGACAUCUCCGAAUCGGGUGCCGAAAGCGUCGAGACGCACUCGGUGUUCUUCAAGAACAUCCGUAAACCGGCCCACCUGACACCGGUGGUUCCGAACACCGACCGGGCCAUAGCGGCAGCAGUGCACUAG